AAUAAAAUAUUUUUUUUCAAUGUCUAAAGAAGUAAUUGUGCGAGUUUAUGAUAGCAAAAAUUAUAAAGAUUUCGUUACGUGUCAGAAUCGUUAAAUUAGUUUGAUUUAUUUGAUCAGAAGGAAUUUGCUGUUUCAUAAAUUUCUUAGUAAUAUAAAUUAUUAAAUUAGGUUUUCGCAAGAAUGUUAUGAUGCAUUUUAAAAAGCAUAUUCAUAAGAUGUGGUUCUCUCAAUAAAGAAAAUAAGUGAAGAUAAUAAAGAGCGUAUUAUAUUAAAUAAAGACACUGGAGUUAAGAUUGAUUAUAGGAAUUAAGAAAAUUUGACAGUUCCAAUUUUGGAUUAAAAAGAAGGGGCAUGGAAAAAUUAUUGGAAACAAAGCAGAAAAAUUAGUGAAUAACUACUAUAGUUUGUUCAACAAAAUAAAAAGGAUAAGGUAUUGAAAUUACUUGGUCAUUCUAAUAUCUACAUUGAUUUUAACAUAAAGUAUAAAUAAUAAAAAUCUAGAGAGAUUUAGAUGAUUGGACUCCACUUCAUUUUGCUUGUUAGUAAAGCAAUUUAGAAUUAGUAUAAUUAUUACUAGAAUAAGAAGGCAAUCCAAAGAUGUUGUCUUUAGAUAGAAAAUCUCCAUUGCAUAUUUCUUCAAUAAAGAAUGACCCAAAAAUUUGUGAAUUAUUGAUAAAUUCUGGAGCUAAUAUAGAUGAAUAAGAUUCUGAUUUAAAUACUCCAUUACAUAUAGCCUCUAGAUAUGGAAAUGAUAAAGUUUGUUAAAUAUUAUUGGAAAAACACGCAAAUCAUCAAUCAAAAAAUAAUUAAAACUUAACUCCAAUAGAAUUGGCUUCAGAUAUAAAUAUUAUAUAAGUUUUUGAUAAAUAUGGAAUAUCUUUAAACACUUUUACUUAUUCAAGAACAGUGAUAAAAGAAUUAAAUCUAAUAUUAUAAAAUAGCAGAAGAGAUCAUGUUGAAAAAUUAUUAAAAUUAACAAAAUAAUAAGCAAUAAAAUUAUUAUCUAAUGCAGAAGAGUUUUUGGAUAAUGAUAAAUAAAGAAUAUCAAUUAUCACAGAUAAUUAUUAAUCAACUUAGAAUCAAUUUGUUGAUUCUUCUGUAUCCUUUUAUAGAAUUUCUCUUAAAGGAAAUAAUUUUAAUACUUCUUAAGAAAUUAAAUAAAAUAAAAUAGGACCAUAGUCUUUUUAAUUUUAUUAAAAAUUAGGAGAAGGUGGAUUUGGUGAAGUUUAUUUGGUUGAAAAAAUAGGUUAAAUACCAAAAAAAUAAUACGCUAUGAAAAUUUUAAAGAAAUAGGAUAUGAAUACAUCAAAUAUUAUAAAAUCAGCUUAAAUAGAAAAAGAUGUUUUAAAAAUGAUGAAUCAUCCAUUUAUUGUAAAAUUAAAUUGGGCUUUUUAAACAAUUGAUCAUUUAUAUCUAGUAAUGGAUUUAUGUUCAGGAGGUGAUUUAGCAACUCAUUUAUCAUUAUUAAAUUCAUAUUCUGAGAAUACUGUGAAGAUAUUUGCAGCUGAAAUAACAUUAGCUCUUGAAGCAUUACAUUCUUAAGGAAUUAUAUUUAGAGAUCUAAAACCUGAUAAUAUUGUUUUAGAUGCUAAUGGUCAUGCUUUGUUAACUGAUUUUGGACUUUCAAAAUCAGGUAUAGAUGAAGAAAUUUUAAAUUAAUCUUUUUGUGGUACUUUAGCUUAUUUAGCUCCUGAAAUGUUAAUGAAAAAAGGUCAUGGAAGAUAGGUUGAUUGGUAUAUGUUAGGUAUUCUUAUAUAUGAAUUACUUGUUGGAGCUCCUCCUUAUUAUGAUUCUGAAAAAGAAAUUCUCAAAGAAAAUAUUAAAAGAGCUCCAUUAAGAAUUCCAAAAAGUUUAAGUUAAGAAGCAAAAGACAUUAUUAUCAAAUUACUUAUAAGAAACCCAAAAAAAAGAUUAGGAAGCAAAGAAGAUGCAAAAGAAAUCAAAUCUCAUUCUUGGUUUUGUGAUAUUAAUUGGCAAGAUUGCUUUCAUAAAAAAUUAAAACCACCAAAACCUCUUUUUAAACAUGAACCUUAAGAACCAAGAAAAAUUACUUUCAGCAAAAACAGCACGAAAAAUAAAUUGGAAGAUUGGACUUUUUUUGAAAAUUGAUUUAUUUUUUAUUUACACUAG